AUGUCCGACUAUCAGCGCGAUGUCUCGCAGUACAAGUACUCGGCCAUGUCCAACCUGGUCCUCCAGGCGGACCGUCGGUUUGUCACAAGACGAACAGACGAGGCCACAGGCGACCCGGAAUCUCUCGCCGGUCGUCUCUCCAUCAAGGAUAUGGGCGCACGUGUCGGCCGCGAUGCGGCCCCAAAGACGAAAAAGACCAGUGCCAUGCCCAACGUCGAGCGAGGAGAUGUACAGGAAGGCGCUGACAUUCUUCAACACUUGAAGGACAAGAAGAAGAAGGGCAAGACUGAGACCCGCGGCGGUGGUAUUCUCGCGAGCACCGACAUGAUCGAGGGUAUCAUCUACCGACCACGAACACAGCCAACACGGGACGCAUUCAACCUCAUCCUGACGAUUGUGGCCGAGCACUUGGGUGAUCUACCCCACGACACAGUGCGCAGCGCGGCUGAUGCCGUACUGGAGUUCCUCAAGGAUGAUGACCUCAAGGAUUUUGACAAGAAGAAGGAAAUUGAUGGGAUAUUGGGCGAGUCUAUGGAUCCAAAGCAGUUCAAUGAGCUGGUAAAUCUUGGAAAGAAGAUCACAGAUUACGAUGCGCAGGACGACGAGGAUGAGGAAAUGGGCGAUGCCAGACCAGAUGCCGAUGAUGAAAUUGAUGGCCGCCAAGGUGUUGCGGUCAACUUUGAAAACGACGAAGAUGAUGAUGGCAUGGUAGAUGUAGUACGGGACGAGUCUUCUUCUGAGGACGAGGAAGAGGAUAUUGACGAUGAGGAUCGGCCAGAGCUUCAGGAGGUUGCCGAUGGUGGGGAGGCUGGGAUUGAUCGGGAUGAGGAGGAGGUAGGGUUGGUUGAUGGCGAGACUAUGGUUAUCGAUGCAGCGCCAAACGGGAAGGACAAGUCCGAGGAGAAGAACUCUGUGCCGGCCCGGGAUAUUGAUGCAUAUUGGUUACAACGGCAAAUUGGUCGCCUUUACCCAGAUGCCCAUGUUCAGCACGACAAGACCUCCCUUGCGCUCAAGAUCCUUUCAGGAGAGCCGGAUGAGCCAGGUGGAGAGGAGAAGCAACUUCGCGACAUUGAAAAUGACCUCAUGGAGCUCUUUGACUACGAGCACCAUGAGAUUGUGCAAAAGCUGAUCGAGAACCGGGAAAAGGUUGUGUGGCUUACACGGCUGGCCAGGGCAGAGGACCAGAAGGAACGAGACACAAUCGAAAGAGAAAUGGCUUCAGAAGGGCUGCGGUGGAUUCUGGACGAACUUCAUGGCAAGUCCAAGGAUGACCAAAAGAAGCCAAAGAUGGAAAUCAAGAUGGACAUCGACUCUGGUGCCUUUGCCGACGGGAAAGCCCCAAAGCAGGAAAAGCCUGAUGGUCAGUUGGUCGGCGGUCUUCAACCCAAGAAACUGAUCAACCUGGAAAAUCUCGUGUUCGACCAAGGCAAUCAUCUCAACACCAAUCCCAAGGUCAGGCUACCGGAAGGUACCACAAAAAGAACCUUCAAGGGCUACGAAGAAAUUCAUGUGCCUCCACCCAAGAAGCGUAACGAUCCUAGCGAUGUGAACAUCCCUAUUUCGGAGAUGCCAGAGUGGGCUCAACCUCCUUUCAGCACAACCAAGUCUCUCAACAAGAUUCAGUCAAAGUGCUUCCCUACUGCGUUUCAUGACGACGGCAACAUGCUGGUCUGCGCCCCGACAGGUUCCGGCAAGACCAACGUGUCUAUGCUCACCAUUCUCAGAGAGAUUGGCAAGAACAGGAACGAGAGGGGUGAGAUUGACCUCGACGCCUUCAAGAUUGUCUACAUUGCCCCCCUGAAGGCUCUUGUACAGGAGCAGGUCGGCAAUUUUGGCAAGCGUCUGGAGCCGUAUGGUAUCAAGGUCUCGGAAUUGACUGGUGACCGGCAGCUCACCAAGCAGCAAAUCUCUGAGACCCAGAUCAUUGUCACGACACCUGAGAAGUGGGAUGUCAUCACCAGAAAGGCCACUGAUAUCUCCUACACAAAUCUGGUUCGGCUGAUCAUUAUCGACGAAAUCCAUCUUCUACAUGAUGAUCGUGGCCCGGUUUUGGAGAGCAUUGUGAGCAGGACGAUUCGCAAGACCGAGCAAACCGGUGAACCAGUCCGUAUUGUUGGUCUCUCUGCUACUUUGCCGAACUACAAAGAUGUCGCAAGCUUCCUGCGUGUUGAUAUGGCCAAGGGCUUGUUCCAUUUUGAUGGUUCAUUCCGUCCCUGCCCGUUGCGCCAAGAAUUCAUUGGCAUCACCGAGAGGAAAGCCAUCAAGCAACUCAAGACCAUGAACGAUAUUACCUACACCAAGGUGAUAGAGCAUGUCGGCACUCACCGCAACCAAAUGCUGAUUUUCGUUCAUUCGAGAAAAGAAACGGCAAAGACGGCCAAGUACAUUCGCGACAAGGCUUUGGAGAUGGAUACCAUCAACCAGAUCCUCAAGCACGAUGCUGGUACUCGUGAGGUGCUUAGUGAAGCAGCGAAUGCAGUCAACAAUACGGAUCUCAAGGACAUCUUGCCCUACGGUUUUGGUAUCCAUCACGCUGGUAUGAGCCGAGCUGAUCGCACUGAUGUUGAGGAUCUUUUCUCUAGCGGCCAUAUUCAGGUGCUUGUCUGCACGGCCACCCUCGCUUGGGGUGUCAACUUGCCUGCUCACACAGUCAUUAUCAAGGGUACUCAAGUGUAUUCUCCAGAAAAGGGUAGCUGGGUUGAAUUGAGCCCUCAGGAUGUCCUGCAGAUGCUUGGUCGUGCCGGUCGCCCACAGUUCGACACAUACGGUGAAGGCAUCAUCAUCACCACUCAGGGAGAAAUGACGUACUAUCUUUCGCUUCUCAACCAGCAGCUGCCUAUUGAAAGUCAGUUUGCAAGCAAGCUGGUGGACAAUCUCAACGCUGAAAUCGUCCUGGGCAAUGUUCGCAGCCGCGAUGAAGGUGUGGAGUGGCUCGGCUACACCUAUCUCUUCGUUCGCAUGCUCCGGUCGCCCGGUCUCUACAGCGUCGGCGCAGAGUACGAGGAUGAUGAGGCAUUGGAGCAGAAACGUGUCGAUCUAAUACACUCGGCCGCCACUGUGCUCAAGAAGUCGAACUUGAUCAAAUACGAUGAAAAGACCGGCAAGCUCCAGUCUACCGAGCUUGGUCGUAUCGCCUCUCAUUACUACAUCACAAACUCGUCCAUGGACACCUACAACAAGCUGAUCCAGCCGGCGAUGAAUGAUGUGGAGCUCUUCCGUGUCUUUGCACAGAGUGGCGAGUUCAAGUACAUUCCGGUUCGUCAAGAAGAAAAGCUUGAACUGGCCAAGCUGCUUGCUCGUGUGCCCAUUCCCGUCAAGGAGAGCAUCGAGGAGCCAACUGCCAAGAUCAAUGUUCUGCUUCAGGCCUACAUUUCUCGCCUGCGACUGGAUGGCCUUGCCCUGAUGGCCGACAUGGUCUAUGUCACUCAGUCUGCUGGCCGCAUCCUUCGUGCCAUCUUCGAAAUCACCCUCAAGAAGGGAUGGGCUUCAGUUGCCAAGUUGGCUCUGAACCUGUGCAAGAUGGCCGAGAAGAGAAUGUGGCCGACUAUGUCUCCUCUCAGACAGUUCCCCAGCUGCCCAGGCGAAAUCGUCAGAAAGGCUGAGCGGAUAGAGGUGCCUUUCAGCAGCUAUCUGGACCUUGAUCCCCCUCGCAUGGGCGAGUUGCUCGGCAUGCCCAAGGCUGGAAAGACUGUUUGCGCGCUUGUGGCCAAGUUUCCUCGCGUCGAAGUUCAGGCCAACGUCCAGCCCAUGACUCGCUCCAUGCUCCGGGUCGAGUUGACCAUCACGCCCAACUUUGAGUGGGAUGUUGACGUUCAUGGGUUGUCUGAAAGCUUCUGGAUCAUGGUAGAAGACUGCGAUGGUGAAGACAUUCUCUUCCAUGACCAGUUCAUCCUCCGCAAGGACUAUGCCGAGUCUGAUGCGAAUGAACACAUUGUAGAGUUCACAGUGCCCAUCACUGAGCCAAUGCCGCCCAAUUACUUCAUCUCGGUGAUUUCGGACCGCUGGAUGCACUCCCGGAGACGUCCGACCUGCCCAGGUAUCCAUUUCCAGGCAGCCCUCUGCCGGUUACUGCCCCUGAAGGCCAAGGACUAUGCCGCUCUCUACCCUGACUUGACCCAGUUCAACAAGAUCCAAACGCAAACAUUCAACUCGCUCUACGGCACCGACAACAAUGUCCUUGUGGCCGCUCCCACGAGCAGCGGCAAGACCGUCUGUGCCGAGUUUGCCUUGCUUCGCCACUGGAACAAGCAGGAGUCUGGACGCGCAGUGUACAUUGCCCCGUUCCAGGAGUUGGUGGACCUGCGCUAUCAAGAUUGGCAGAAGAAGUUUGCCAAUCUCAGGGGGGGCAAGGAUAUUGUCAAGCUGACUGGAGAGACUGCUGCUGAUCUGAAGCUCCUCGAGCAAGGUGACUUGAUUCUGGCGACGCCUCUUCAGUGGGAUGUCUUGUCCAGACAAUGGAAGCGCAGAAAGAACGUCCAGACUGUGGAGCUCUUCAUUGCCGAUGAGCUGCACAUGCUUGGUGGGCAGAUGGGAUACAUCUACGAGAUUAUCGUGGUCCCGCAUGCACUACAUCCCGCACCCAGACUGAGCUCCCGGUCAGAAUCGUUGGUCUCAGUGUUUCCCUUGCCAACGCUCGCGAUGUGGGAGAGUGGAUUGACGCCAAGGAAGCAUGAUAUCUACAACUUUAGCCCUCAUGUCAGGCCCGUUCCUCUGGAGCUUCACAUUCAGUCAUACACCAUUCCUCAUUUCCCAUCCCUGAUGCUGGCGAUGGCUAAGCCAACAUAUCUGGCUGUGACUCAGAUGUCGCCUGAUCAGCCGGCUCUCAUUUUUGUGCCCAGCCGCAAGCAAACUAGAGCCACAGCAAGGGACAUCCUCACUGCCGCAUUGGCAGAUGAUGAUGAGGACCGCUUCUUGAACGUUGAGGUGGAGCAGAUACAGAAGCUUCUCGAGCGUGUCCAAGAGCCAGCUCUCGCGGAGGCUCUCUCCCACGGCGUUGGCUACUACCACGAAGCUCUUAGCCAGAGUGACAAGCGCAUUGUCAUGCAUCUCUACAAGAAUAAUGCCAUCCAGGUUCUCAUCGCCUCUCGCGAUGUCUGCUGGGAGCUGGAUUGCACUGCCCACCUCGUUAUUGUCAUGGGCACGCAAUACUUCGAGGGCAGAGAGCACCGCUAUGUUGACUACCCGCUCAGCGAGGUUCUGCAAAUGUUCGGCAAGGCUUCGCAGUCUUCGCGCGACGGCCGUGGUCGCGGUGUGCUGAUGGUGCCGGCGGUGAAGAGAGAGUAUUACAAAAAAUUCCUCAACGAAGCUCUGCCCGUUGAGUCGCAUCUUCACAACUUCCUCCAGGAUGCGUUUGUGACCGAGAUCAGCACGAGGAUGAUCGAGUCUGGUGAGGAUGCUAUCAACUGGGCCACAUUCACCUACUUUUAUCGCCGACUGCUCGCCAACCCAAGCUACUACAGUCUUACGGAUCCUACUCACGAGGGCCUGAGCCAGUACCUCUCUGACAUGGUUGAAGCCACCCUGAAGGAGCUCUCGGAGUCCAAGAUUGUAGACUUUGACGAGGAUGAGGGCACUGUCGCUCCUCAGAACGCUGCCAUGAUUGCUGCGUAUUACAACAUCUCGUACAUCACCAUGCAGACCUUCCUUCUCUCGCUCACGGCGAAGACGAAGCUCAAGGGCAUUCUCGAAAUCGUUACGUCUGCUACCGAGUUUGAAUCGAUUCAGAUCCGGCGUCACGAGGAAGCCAUCCUCAGACGCAUCUAUGACAGUGUUCCCGUCAAGAUGGCUGAGCCAGCUUUCGAUUCGCCUCAUUUCAAGGCCUUUGUGUUGGUUCAGGCCCAUUUCUCCCGGAUGAACCUCCCGAUUGAUUUGGCUAAGGACCAGGAAGUCAUCUUGACCAAGAUUGUCAGCCUGUUGAAUGCCAUCGUCGAUAUCUUGUCUUCUGAUGGCCGUCUCAACGCCAUGAACGCCAUGGAAAUGUCGCAGAUGGUGGUGCAGGCCAUGUGGGAUCGCGACAGCCCCCUCAAGCAGAUUCCCAACUUCACCACCGAAACUGUCAAGGUGGCCAACAAGUACGAUAUUCAGGAUAUCUUUGACUUCAUGAGCAAGAUGGAUCCUGACGAGAAUCCUGACUACAAUUCUCUCAUCAAGGAUCUCGGGUUCACCCAGGCACAGCUCGCGCAGGCGGCCAACUUUACCAACAGCAAGUAUCCCGAAAUCUCGCUGGAGGUUGAGGUGGAGGACAAGGAUGAGAUCCGGGCUGGCGAGCCGGCGUACCUCAAGAUCGCGAUCGAGCGGGAGAUUGACGAGGACGAGGAGUACGACCCGACCGUGCACGCGCCGUUUUACCCCGGGAAGAAGACGGAGAGUUGGUGGUUGGUGGUUGGCGAGGAAAAGACAAAGGAGCUGCUGGCAAUCAAGCGGAUCACGGUAGGACGGAAACUCAACGUCAGACUGGAAUUCACCGUGCCUCCGGGCGGGUCACCCACGACUUGA